CUUAAACGCAGAGUCUCGGUGAAAGCGGUCAAACGGCGUCGCUUGGUACAUUCUUCUACCCCCUUCCUGCGUUCAAAUUAAGCAGGGAGAGCAGACAAGAGUAAUGAAGAAGCUCCGCAGCAGAAGCGGAAAACUGGGUUCGUGCAAUUUCUAAUCUCUAGGGUUUUUUUUUCCGGCAUUCAAUUUCUCUCAGGUUUUGGGAGUUGGGGGUGAGGUUGCUUCGUGGCGAAGUUAAGGGAUUCUAGGGCAACCCAGAAAUGCAGACGGAGGCGAGAGUUGGGGUGGUGGUGGAAGGAGGGCAGAUUGCUCUGAAUACCGGCCAUGGAGGCGUGGCCGUCGAAGGCGGCGUGAGGUCGCUGGCGCAGUCGCUGCCGCAGAAACAGACGAAGCCGCUGCACCAACAGCAGUCUCAGAUCGGUACGGUGUCACAGCUUCUCGCCGGAGGUGUCGCUGGCGCUCUCAGUAAGACUUGCACGGCGCCUCUUGCUCGGCUCACUAUUCUCUUUCAGGUGCAAGGUAUGCACUCAGAUGUUGCAACGAUGCGAAAAGCUAGCAUAUGGCGUGAGGCCUCCAGAAUUGCUGGUGAAGAAGGAUUUAGAGCUUUCUGGAAAGGAAAUUUGGUGACAAUUGCUCAUCGUCUUCCAUAUUCUUCCGUCAAUUUCUACUCAUAUGAGCAGUAUAAAAAGUUCCUAAAAAAUGUUCCUGGACUGGAAAAUCAUAGCGACAACUUGAGUACAGACCUUGGUGUGCAUUUUGUGGGUGGAGGAUUGGCCGGAAUAACAGCUGCAUCAGUCACAUAUCCUUUGGAUCUUGUAAGGACACGCCUUGCAGCUCAGACAAAUGUGAUCUACUACAAAGGAAUUUGGCAUACACUGCAAACUAUUACCCGGGAUGAGGGUAUUUUUGGCCUCUAUAAGGGACUCGGAGCAACCCUCUUGGGUGUUGGGCCCAGUAUAGCUAUCAGUUUUUCAGUUUAUGAGACCUUGAGAGCUUCUUGGCAGUCGCAUAGGCCUGAGGAUUCUACUGUGUUGGUUAGUCUUGCUUGUGGGAGCCUUUCAGGAAUUGCAUCAUCAACAGCUGUUUUCUAUGCUUUUGAUGCAGAGAAAACAGGUUGUGGUGCAGGCUCUGCACCAAGUCUCUAAACAGACUGACCCUUAGAGCCAGAAACCAGGCCGGAGUGGGUUUUUAAUCCGGUAUUUGAGAAUCUUAGUAAGGAAGCUGACAAGAAAUUUCUUGUGCAUCAUCACUCAUCUAACUUAUUUUUGUUUUUAUGAUAAAGACCUUGUUUUGAUUAACAUCAUCUUUCCAACAUUUCUUCGGUGACUUGUCUCCCAAAGGUUUGCAGUUGGUUCUAUUAUAGGGUGGAACUGCUCUCAGGUGAAACUCUGUCUUCAGUUAUCAAAUGUGAGAGGUGUCCUCUUUGAGGUAUGCUUCUCACUUAGGUUUCCUUAUUCCAAUGGCUUCAUGGGUAUUGUAUUCCUUCAAGCCCUCGCCAGUGAAUGCGGGGAUGCUCUUGGGCUGGUGUUGCCUUCACUUGGAUCUUAAUCUCUAAAUUUUCUUUCCUUUAUUUAAGGCAGACUAUCUUCCUUCAUUUUGCCAUAAAAGUGAGUGUUAGCUUUUUAAAUCAUCUGCUGACUGACCUGUAAGGUAUGUGAACACCUCAUUAUUACUCCCGAAAAAACUAAAUUUCAUUCAAACUUGCACUAGAUUGUCAAGCUGCAUAGUGGUAGUAGUCGAAUAGCCAAUAUUACUCUAUUUAUUUGGGAGUGGUUGCAUAGUGCUUAAAGUCUGAUCGUAUUUUUAGUUUUAUUUUUGUUGCUUUUAAAUCACUUUCUCGUCUUGACUUGUCAUGUGCCACUGUCUUUGCAUUGUUUGAUUUGUUAACUGUUCGAGACCUGAUUUCAUGACCUCGGAGAAUGUAGUCUUCAAACAGUAUUAUAGUAUGAUGGCAUUUACCAACGGUGUCCAGUUCUUUUCAUUUUAGUCUCAUUAUAUUGUGCAGCAACCUUCCCAUUGGAUCUUGUGAGGCGACGGAAGCAGUUGGAAGGUGCUGGUGGCCGAGCUCGUGUCUACACAACAGGCCUUUUUGGCACAUUUAAGCACAUCUUCAAAACAGAAGGGUUGCGUGGCUUAUAUAGAGGGAUCCUCCCAGAAUACUACAAGGUGGUACCCGGUGUAGGUAUCUGUUUCAUGACGUACGAGACGUUGAAGAUGCUUUUAGCGGAUGUCAGUGCUGCUAUAUAGUUUCACUGGGUACUCAUCUUUCCCGAAAGCGAUACUGUAGGAGGGGCGCCGAACGAAGCUGUUAGAACAAAAUCUCGUGGCAGGUAGUUUUGCGAUGCUGCUGUGGGGAAUAGAUUUUUGUGUGUAUAGAUUGACGAUCCUACAUCUCUCACAUUUUGAAUUUGUAUGCGACGCAAUUGUCUCUUACAGUAAUCAGAAAUAUUCAAUCUUCUCCUCUGAGAAAUCUUCAAUUUACGGGACGUUUCCUGCAGCUGUAAUUCAUACUUGUCUUCGAAUUAACAAAGUAAUCUAGCAUUAUACGUUGUACUAAUCUAUCUAUUUGCUAAUUUCU